CCGAUCCUUCUACCGCGCCACCAUGGGUAGCUUCUUUUCUUGCUUUAGAGGCCGUGACAACCGUCACCUUCCCACUAAUGCCACCACCGCCACCACCGCAGCGCUUUCUCGUCAGUCCAAAACCAACCAGGUUAAAUGAGUCAAAAUGAUCAAGGGAUCAAGUUGACUAAUGUUUUUUAUUCAUAGGAACUAUUUGGACUCGUUAACACCGGACCAAAGAUGCUGUGGUCUCUCGAAAUCGGCUGUCUACUUUGUUUCUCUCUGAAGUGAGAGAAGAAUCUGCUUGCAAUGAGGGGAAGAGUUUUGGUACAGGAUCUCAGAUUCAUGAGAAGGGACAUAAGGAUGAGGGGGAGGAACUUAGAUUCCAGAACUCUUGGAAUCACCACCUUGGAAUCUACCGUUGUUGACUCAUAGUUUAGCAGGGUAACCUGUAUAGUUUGAGAUCACCAUAAAUGGUGGUAUCAUAGCUGAUUAGGCCUCGCUCACUCCAAAAGCUAGCUCAAGAAGUGGGGGAUGUUCCUCAUUUAUAAACAUUCUAGAGAAGUAUCCUUGGCAGAUGUAGGACUUGCAAUAGUGGCACAUAUGAAAAUGGCCAUGUUUCUCAAAGCAUCUGAGAAGCUGAAAGUAUCACCUUCCUGUGGCAAAGAUUCUGAGCCUUCAAGGUUUCAUUCUUGGCGUCCCAACACGUCAGCCGAUAAAGUUCGGCUAGAUAAUCAACCAUUCAAUCCCCCAACUCCCAAGAAAUGUUCUGAAGAUUGGAGGAAAAGAACAGAUUCUUUAGAACAAACACCAAGCAGCUGUAUCUCCAAUACACAAAAUACUAGACGUGACUCUCUUGACUCUAGUGAAGGAAGUAAGACAGGGAACCUUCAUGCUUCAGAACCCCCAAAUAAGGAGGGUGAAUAUAAAUUAUCACCUUAUCCCAUCCCUUUGAAGCUACCUGAUGAAAUGCAAACACCAGAAACUGUCUUUGAGACAGCUCAGUCGCAAUUUCGGUAUCCCAAGCAGGCAGAGAAUGAAAAAUCAAAGAAAGUCUUGAAUGAAAAUGAAUCAAAGGUGGAAGAAAGCUUGUCUUCAUGGCUGAAGCCGGCGUCAGUAAUUCUAGAGGAGAGAAACAAGAGAAUGGAAAUGGCGAAUAGUCAUACUCGCAAAGCUCCAUCUGAUAGGCCUAUCAUUGGAAUGGUUGCUGCGCAUUGGAACGAAGACGAGGAAUCUCAUUUUCCUCCUCCUAAGUGGUGGGAUGGUAAUGGGAUACCAAACUCAACCAAUAAGUACAAGGAAGAUCAGAAAGUGAACUGGCAUGCAAUGCCAUUUGAAGAAAGGUUGGAGAAAGCGUUGUCUGAAGAGAGUUCCAUAUCUCAAAGGAAGGAUUUUUGUGGAAAACCAAUUGCUUUUAAUGAGAAUGAAGAAAAUGACACAGCAGUGUCUCAGUUUCAGUCAUCACCGCAUCCCCAAUCCGUUGUGUCAUUCUAAUCAUUUAGAGUUGUCAAUCAAAUAGUGUUCUAUUCUUGUGUUUGGCAUUUGAGGAAUGGAAACUGAAUAUACCUGGUUCAACAUGUUGAUUGGUUGGAACAAGCAAUUGGUUAUACAAAUUUUUAUGAGAAAUGCUAUUUGUACACUAAAAUCAGCCAUUAAAAUCAGCCAUUAAAAUCAGCUACCAAUGUAUUUGUGUAUAAAUACAUGUGUAGUUUAAUUUAUUUUUAAUGUGUAUUUGUAUUCCAGCAUGUAUUUUAUAUUAGUGGUCGACUUUGAUGGCUGAUUUUAGUGUACACAUAGCAUAACCUUUUCAUAGUAACAUGAAAUUGUCAAGCAGUGUGCCUCCUCUGCUUGCAUUGUACAUAAGUCAUGAGAAUUAUUGCUAUAUAAUGGAUAUUUGGAAUUUGCUAA